AUGACUGGGAAGAGCAGUUUGUAAGAAGCCUUCAUCUCUUAAAAGCUCUCCCUAUCUUUCUUCAAAACAAACUGUGUCACCCACCUUCUGAUGUCCCAGAUAGUUGUAGUUUUUUUUCUAUUUACUUGUCUAUACGGUCAGUACCUGCCCCAGAGUAGGCGCUUAUCACAUGCUUGUUGCCUCCUAUGUGGACCCGUUGGAUGACCCCCCACCUCUCAGUGUUAAGUAUUUAUUGCAUAGUGUCUGCCUUAUAGUAGGCGCGGGACGCAUACUUGUUGCGGCCACUGUGGACCUGUUGGGUCCCACCCUUCUCUUCAAUAGAAAAUCAACCCUGUCAGGUCGGGCCACUUUUUGCUUUUUUUUUUUUUUUUUUUUUUUUUUUUUUGCAUCCUGGACACUUUCCCCUACUUUGAGCACCGUAGGCACAAAGCUAGAAGUUAGCAGAAUCAAAACGAAUUAAUGGCAGGCUGUGCCGUUCCCAGGCCCGACCAGCAGAUGGCAGGAAAGGAUCACAAAGCGUCCCCGGCGCUCCCCUGGAAAUGCCUUCCUCUCCCUCCCCUCCGAGCCUCCCGGGAGCCAAAUACUUUAUUCGGUCUUCCGGGCCGCGCGCGAGGAGACUGCCGAAUCCCGCGGUGAGUUCUCUUCCCCUCGGAAGGGAAGGACUUUUGCCGGCCGCGAGCUUCCGGGAAGAGGCCCGAACACACUGAAGAAAAGGACUGUUAUUUCCAAUCACCCUAACAAACAUGAAUUACACCCGAUUCAUCACAGCAGUCAGUGCAGCAAGAAAGCCAUCUCCAAUAAGGCUCCUGACUGAACUGAUGCAGAAAUCACCACCAUCACUCAUUUCCUUGGCUGGAGGAGCUCCAAAUCCUAACACUUUCCCCUUUAAGACUGCAAAGUUCACCAUAGAUGAUGGAACUGCCAUUGAAUUUGGGGAAGAUUUAAUGAAGAGAGCUCUUCAAUAUUCCGCCUCAGCAGGGAUUCCAGAGUUGUUGUCCUGGCUGAAAAAAUUUCAGAAUAACCUCCACAAACCCCUCACUGCCCAGUUCAGUCCUGACCAAGGGCAAAUGGAGAUGUGCAUCACCACUGGGAGCCAAGAAGGCCUUUGUAAAGUAUUUGAGAUGCUCAUUAACCCUGGAGAUAACAUCCUCUUGGAUACACCUGCUUACCCAGGAACCCUUGCAGCCCUGAGGCCUUUGGGCUGCAACAUCAUCGGCCUGAGCAGCGACCAGGACGGCCUGAUUCCAGAUUCUCUCCGAGCAGCACUUUCCAGGUGGAGACCAGAGGAGGCCCAGAAACCUAACCGGCAGACCCCCAAGUUCCUUUACACAGUUCCAAAUGGCAGCAACCCUACAGGAACGUCCUUAACAUAUGAACGCAAAAAAGAAAUCUAUGAGCUGGCAAGAAAAUAUGAUUUUCUCAUCAUAGAAGAUGAUCCAUACUAUUUUCUCCAAUUCAAUAAGCCUUGGGCACCAACAUUUCUUUCUAUGGACACUGAUGGUCGUGUCAUAAGAACAGAUUCUUUCUCAAAAAUUCUCUCUUCAGGGUUGAGAAUAGGUUUUAUAACUGGUCCCAAACCUCUGAUUGAUAAAGUAGUUUUGCACAUGCAAGUUUCAACAAUGCACACUAGCACUUUUAUACAGCUGCUGAUAGCCCAGCUGCUGCAACAGUGGGGAGAAGAGGGCUUCCUGAAGCACGUAGACAGGGUGAUAGCCUUCUAUAAGGAGCAGCGGGAUGCCAUGUUGACAGCUGCAGACAAGUGGCUCAAAGGUUUGGCAGAAUGGCACAUCCCUGUUGCUGGGAUGUUUCUGUGGAUUAAGAUUAAAGGUAUUUCUGAUACAAAACAACUGAUUAUGGAAAAGGCCUUACAAAAAGAGGUAUUACUAGUUCCUGGGGAUGCAUUCUCCAUUGAUGAUUCAAAGCCUAGUUCGUAUGUCAGAGCUUCCUUCUCUUUGUCUUCUCCAGAACAAAUGGAUAAGGCUUUCCAGAGACUGGCUGAACUUAUAAAAGAGUCUUUAUGAAGGAAGAAAAAGCAGAAUCAUUUUACUCAUGGACUUCCACAUUGUCAAUUUUUAUAUUUCACGAAGAAGAAAUUGGUGGUGAUAUUACACCUGUGCUCUCAUAGAGAUUUAAUCAUGGAUAUUACAUUACUGAAAGACUUUUUAAUGACUGCCAAAAAUUACAAUGGGCCAUUAUGAUUUUUAUAUAAAAUCUGACUAUAGGGUUGUUUUUUUGUAGCUGUUUUAUUGCAAUAGAUUGCAUUCCAAACUACUUUUUUCAAUUGCUUGGAAAUUUCUUAAGAAUUUUUAUCUGGUUGAAUUUUCUUAUGUCUUAAUGGCAGUCAAAUAUUGAAUACUAGAGCAAGAAUUUAUCAUUUUAUACUUGUUCAGUGCUAUACCUAUCAAACUACCAAGAAACUUUUUUAUUGG